AUGUCUGCUGUUCCCGGUCCCGUCUACGGGCUCGAGGUCCCGCCUGGCGAGAUGUUGAUCCCCGCCGCCAUGGAAUUUCCCGCCUCUUUCCGCAUCACCAUGGCCGCUCUGGAUCCGACUGAGGAGCCCGAGGCCGACCAGGAAGGAAACGUCCCAAACGUGCCCCGCUCCACUCUGCGUCUGAUCAAGCGCGCCUUUCCCGGGCUCGACGACGACGAGGACGAUGAGAUUGACGACGAGUACAUGAGAGCCAUGCUCGCCGCGUCCGACGACGAUGAGGAAGACGACGACGACGACGACGACGAGCCCAACGGUGGCCCCAGCGACCCUGCCAAGGCCAAGAAGCAGAAGCAGGCCGCCGCCAUCAAGAAGCUCUUGGAAGCCGCGCAGGAGGACGACGAUGAGGACAUGGAAGACGCCAAACCCAACGGUGUCAAGGCCAAGGCAAAGGGAAAGGGAAAGGCCAAGGCCGCCGAGAAUGACGACGAUGAGCAAGACUCAGACUGCGACUCGGACUGCGACUCGGACGAGGGCGCCGAUCUCGAAAACUUUGUCGUUUGCACCCUGGACACGGAGAGGAACUAUCAGCAGCCCCUCGACAUCACCGUCAACCACGGCGAAAAGGUCUUUUUCGUCGUCACGGGCACCCACACCGUCUACCUCACCGGCAACUACGUCAUGGACGAUGCUGAUGACGACAGCGACGACGAUGACGACGAUUACGACUUCUCCCCCGACGAACUCGACUAUGCUCUGGGCGGGGACGCCAGUGACGACGAAAGCGAUGACCUCGACGGCCUUCGCGUCACCGAGGUCGAAUCAGAAGAGGAAGCGCCCAAGCUGGUCGAGACAAAGAAGGGCAAGAACAAGCGCGCCGCCGAGGACGCCGUCGAGAACCUCGACGACCUGAUUGCCAAGUCUGACGACUCCAAGCUCUCCAAGAAGCAGCAGAAGAAGCUCAAGAACAACAAGGGCGAGGCCGUCAGUGCCGAGGACAGCAAGAAGGACAAAAAGGCCAAGCAGGACCCCAAGGCGUCUGGCGGCGUCAAGAUUAUCCAGGGCGUCACCGUCGACGACCGCACCAUCGGCAGCGGGCGAAAGGUCAAGAACGGCGACACCGUCGGCGUCAGGUACAUUGGCAAGCUGGCAAACGGACAGCAGUUUGACUCCAACAAAAAGGGCAAGCCCUUCUCCUUCAAGGUCGGCAAGGGCCAGGUCAUCAAGGGGUGGGAUGUUGGCAUUGUCGGCAUGGCCAUUGGCGGCGAGCGACGCCUGACUAUCCCCGCAAACCUCGGCUACGGCUCUCGGGGCAUGCCUGGCAUCCCCGCCAACAGCCAGCUGAUUUUUGACGUCAAGCUGCUGGAGAUUAAAUAA